AUUAUGGUUCUGUAUCACGCUCCUGUUUUCGCUACACUUCUUCCUCUUGCCUUGUGCAAGUUCAUCAUCUGGUAUAAUGGCAGCACCAUGUUAAGAACUAUCUACUCUGGCUAUCAACAUGCUCGCAGAUUUAUAAGCAACUAUGGUUUAUCAGCUCUCGCCGAAACCGAAUGGAGUCGGCUCAACGUACCCUGCGUGUUACGUACAUUUUGGAUGUUGCGAGUGGGCGAACAAGUGAUCCAAAUAUUAGGAAGCCAUUACGAAGAAGACACCUUUACAUACUACUCAAUGAUAAAGACAUUACUUGUGAACGGUUGCGAAACAUUAACCGCAGUUCUGGGAAUGACUAGUAUAAUCUCUUUCAUGUGCCACUAUAUAGGUUGCUUCUUCCAGUGGAUUCUAUUAACCGAAGACGAGGGUGAGAAAAGUAUUGGCACUAUAUCCGCUGUCUUAUUCUAUGUUCUAGCUUUACAAAGUGGCCUGACAAGUUUAGACAGAGAAAAACGACUUAUGCGGCUUUGUCGAAACUUCUGUUUACUCUUCACUGCAGUUUUACAUUUUGUACAUAAUAUAGUAAAUCCCUUACUAAUGUCGCUGAGUGCUUCACACAAUCCUGCUUUUCAUCGCCACAUAAGAGCCCUCUCCGUUUGCACGUUCCUUGUGUUAUUUCCGGUAUCUCUACUUGCCUUCUUGUGGUCACAAUUCACUAUUAGCACGUGGUUAUUAUCUGUAUCUGUUUUCAGUGUAGAAGUGAUAGUAAAAGUCCUUGUUUCAUUAGCUAUAUACUCACUUUUUUUAUUCGAUGCAUAUCGGAGUUCUUUUUGGGAACGGCUUGACGAUUAUGUAUACUAUAUCAGAUCAUUUGGUAACACUGUAGAAUUCGCCUUCGGUAUACUCUUAUUCUUUAACGGAUUUUGGAUACUAGUGUUCGAAUCUGGUGGUGCCAUUCGGGCAAUAAUGAUGUGCAUUCAUGCUUACUUUAAUAUCUGGUGUGAGGCAAAAGCUGGAUGGAGUGUCUUUAUGAAGAGGCGUACUGCGGUUAAUAAAAUAAAUUCCUUACCUGAAGCUAAGGUGGAACAAUUACGCAGACUGGACGAUGUUUGUGCCAUCUGUUAUCAGGAAAUGCAAAGUGCGAAAGUAACACGUUGCAAUCAUUACUUCCAUGGAGUAUGCUUACGUAAAUGGCUCUAUGUACAGGAUCGAUGCCCACUUUGUCAUAAAAUUCUAUAUAAGGUAGAAGGUCCAAGUACUUUUAAGGAAACUGUACCUAACGUUAUAGAACCCGAUACAUUAGAAGGCAACGAGAAUGUCGCAUUUCUUGCUCCGGGAAACAGUGCAGCACCUCAACCAGGAGACACUCAACAGAAUCCCGUACAGUCCCCGACUUGUCAACGAUAUGUUGAGCAACUUAAUGAAAACAGGUGAAAUUAAAAAGAGUUGUAUAUAUGAUGUAUAAAUUACGAAAAUUAAAUAUAAUUGAGAGCGGUUUCAAUCGUACAUAUAGAAAUAUUUGUUACAGCUUCUUAUUUAAGUAGGGCAGUUUAUUUUGCCGAUCUCUUAAUAAAUUGUAACAAUAGAA